UGGGGUUUCUGUGUUCUUCGCGGGUCGCGCGUGGGUUGCGCUGGGACCUGGAGUUGUGAGGAGGCUGGCUGGAUGAGGUGCUGCUUCCUUCUUCGUGGGUUGAGCAAUUUUUUCCCUGACGUUUUGAAAUAGUUUAUUCUUAUCCAAUAAGAGAUUUUUCUACAGAAUCGAUGUCUUUGAUUCCAGCAACACAUUAUACAUAUACACCCCUGAAUCAGCUUAAAGGGGGUACAAUUGUCAACGUGUAUGGUGUCGUGAAGUUCUUUAAGCCUCCAUAUUUAAGCAAAGGAACUGAUUAUUGCUCUGUUGUCACGAUCGUGGACCAGACAAAUGUCAAAUUGACCUGCCUGCUCUUUAGUGGAAACUAUGAAGCCCUUCCAAAAAUUUACAAAGUUGGAGACAUUGUUCGCUUUCACAGACUGAAGAUCCAGCAAUAUAAAAAUGAGAUUCAAGGUAUCACCAGCUCUGGGUUUGCAUCUUUGACCUUUGAAGGAACUUUGAGUGCACCUGUCAUACCUCGCACUUCAAACAAGUAUUUUAGCUUUACUACUAAGGACCACAAGAUGGUAGAAGCCUUACGUGUUUGGGCAUCUUCUCAUAUUUCCCCUUCUUCGGCCUUAUUAAAAUUGUGUGAUGUUCAGCCAAUGCAGUAUUUCGACCUGACUUGUCAGCUUUUGGGCAAGGCAGAAGUGGAUGGAGCAUCAUUCCUCCUAAAGGUGUGGGACGGCCACAGGACACCCUUCCCGUCUUGGAAAGUUCUGAUACAAGACCUUGCACUGGAAGGUGAUUUAAAUCAACUCCAUCAACUGCAGAAUCUGACGAUAGACAUCUUAGUGUAUGAUAACCAUGUUCAAGUGGCGAGAUCUCUGAAGAUCGGAAGCUUUCUUAGAAUCUAUAGUCUCCACACCAAACUUCAGUCACUGAACACAGAGAGCCAGGCGACACUGCUGUGCCUGGAGUUCCACCUGCACGGAGGCACGAGCUAUGGCCGCGGGAUCACAGUCUUGCCGCAGAAUAACUCUGAUGUGGACGAGCUGAAAAAGGCGUUAGAAUCUGCAGACUGGACCAGUCAGCACUCCGAUCGCUUCUGUCCGUCAGAACACGAGGACAGCUUUCCAACUCCUUCAAGCUCUGGGUCCGUAUCGCUGUACGAGCUGGAGAGAUGCCAGCAGCUGUCUGCCACCAUACUCACUGAUCAUCAGUAUUUGGAGAAGACCCCACUGUGUACCAUUUUGAAACAGACUGCUCCUAAACAGUAUCGCAUCCGAGCAAAGCUAAGAUCCUACAAGCCGAAACUCCUCUGUCAGUCUGUUAAGCUACACUGCCCUAAGUGCCAUUCACUGCAAGAAGUUCCACAUGAGCGCAAUUUGGACAUAAUUUUGCAAGAGAGUGCACCCAAAACCCCAGAUACCAAACUACACAACACAUCACUGUAUGAUUCAAAACUGUGGCCCACCAGGGAGCAAGGGGGGCGGCACGUGGCCGUGCACUUCGUGAAACACGGUGGCGUCCUCCCGCUUGCCAGCGACUGUGUGAUUCUCAUAGAAGGAGGUACAGUCUGUGAAAUCUAUAAACUCGCUGGCAAGUUCCAUAGUGUAAUUCCUGUGCGAUCUGGCCCGGAAGAUCUGGAACUCCUGGACCUUUCAGCACCAUUUCUCGUACAAGGAAGGGUACUCCACUAUGGAUGUAAGCAGUGUUCUACUUUGCGACCAAUACAAAGUCUGAGUUCUCUGGUUGAUACAGCAUGGACUCCUUCCACUGUGGCAGAAGUGCUGGGUGUUGUGCCCCUCCAGUAUGUGUUUGUCAUGACAUUCACUUUUGAUGAUGGGACUGGAGUGUUGGAAGCCUACCUCAUGGAUUCUGACAAAUUCUUUCAGAUCCCAGCAUCAGAAGUUCUGGUUGAUAAUGACUUCCAGAGAAGUGUGGACUUAAUUAUGGAAAUGUUUUGUCCUCCAGGAAGAAAAAUUGAUGCAUAUCCGUGGUUGGAAUGCUUCCUCAAGUCAUACAACGUGACGAAUGGGGCGGAGCAGCAAGUUUGCUAUCAGAUUUUUGACACCACAGUUGGAGAAGAUGUUAUCUAAUAUUCCUGUGCUGAAAAAACCAGCUAUCAGGAGUAUAAAAGAAAAAAAGAUUAAAUAAGCUAGGAUUGUGUUUCCAUUGACUCUUAAAGUCCUCCCAGAGAAGUCAUUUUAUCUCCUUACACCCGAAAUUGUUUAUCCACCAUGGUUCCUCUGACAUCCACAUCUCUGAUCAGAAGUCUUGCUCUGUCCUGAUUACUGUAGCAGCAGUGUUCAUUUCCACAUGGAUGUGGAGUUAGAAAAUGUUCCUUUCUUAAGUUACCUUUUAGGGACUAGCAACCACUGAUUUUGUUAUAUUUGUGCUUGGAAAGGUAUUUGUCUAAAAGCGCCCCAGGGACCUGCCAGAGCGAUCUGCUUCAGGUUGAAGUGGCAGAGUGUACCCUCUGGGUGCUCAUGUGGCCAUCCCAAGGUCAGUGCUUCCUUAGACCUGGACCAUGUACCCUGAGUGCGUGUUUUCUACGAUGUUAGUGCCUAUUUCACAGUAGUCAGAUUUGUCAUGCUAGGGACCUUAACAUCAAAACUAUACCUCUCCUACUUUUAAGGCCUCACACAGGAGAGUACAGCUCACC